AUAGACAUUAGACCAUAAUUUCUUUGGUGUGUAAUCUGUGUAUGCGUAUCACGAAGUUGAUGUUUUAUAGCUGUUUAUUUAUUUCGUUUAUCUUUAGAGUUUAGCUGCUGUGUUAUUUUGUUAUUAGUCCACUUCUCAGUGAAGCUGAAGAUCCUAAGGUUAUUCUCCAUAAGUCAAUAUACCUUUUCUAUUGGAAUAGUAUCAGUUUUUCUACAGUCUACGUUCUAUUCCAAUAUCAAUAGACGAUACAAUUAUCCACAUUCAACAGUUAACUCUUAACUUAAAUAUUAAUGUUGAUAUGAAUGAAGAUAGUAAUAUUAUCGGUUCAUUACAAUCAGAUCCAACAGAAAUUGUAUCUAGCACUUCUGAUGUAUUAAAAAUUAAUAAUACAGAGAUGGAUAAUACGUUCGGAGAUGUAUUACCUGUAGAGUUUGAUAAUAAUAAUCCUUUGGAAGAUUCUCAAUCUCCUCAACGUACAUCUCGAUCUAGAUCUAGAGCAUCAGCACAUUCUUCUAGCGCUUCAUCAAGAUCAAGGUCUCGUUCCGCAUCAUCAGCAGAAUCCGAUCAUAAAAACUACCCUAGAGAUAAAUCAAAGUCAAAAUCAAGAUCUCAAUCUAGGUCACAAUCUCGUUCAAGAUCCCGAUCACAUUCUCGGUCUAAAUCUAAAUCUAGAAGUUCUUCAGUAUCAUCAGUUGGUUCUCACUCUUCCAUUAAAAAAUCUACUAAUAAGCGUAUAAAAAUUGAUUCAGAUUCUGAUGAUGAUACACAAAUCAAUAAGGCUGAUGCGUCUCCUGAUAAUAAAUCGAAUGAAGAAGCAGAUGAAAAUGAAAUUAAAAAAAAUAAAUUCAAAAAGGUAAAAAUCAUGUCGGACUCUGAAUCAGAAGAUGAAAUUAAUGUUGCUAAAUCAAACUCAUCUAAGCGCGAAGUACAUGCUGUAUCUGAUGAUGAUGAUGAUGAUGAUGUCAAAGAAAAGACUGUAAAAUGUGAUGAAAAUAAUGAAGUAUUACCUGAAUUAUCAGAUGAUUCUGAUGAUGAGCCAACUACCAAACCAACUACUAGUAGUGCUGAUAAUGAUAAUGACGAUCCAGACGAUCCUGAUGAUGAUCAUGAAAACCGAAAUAACGAACAGUCAGUAUCAGAUUUUGAUCUUAUGAUGAUGAAAAAAAAAGAAGAACAAUCUUGGAAGCGCCGUAGGAAGGAUAUAGAUAUAAUCAAUGAUAAUGAUGAUAUAAUUGCUGGUUUAAUAAAUGACAUGAAAAAUGCAGCUGACAUUGAUCGACAACUUAAUAAAGAAGGAAAACCUGCAAUUAAUAAAAUAACAAUGUUGCCUAAAUGUUUGUCUCAGUUAAAAAAACAUAAUUUAAUGUUAGCAUUUGUUGAGCAUAAUGUUCUAAACGUAUUCACUGAUUGGUUAGCACCAAUGCCAGAUAGAAGCUUACCUUCCCUUCAAGUGCGAGAGUCCCUUUUAAAAUUAUUGGCUGAUUAUCCUCCAAUUGAACAGUCUACUCUUAAAUAUUCUGGAAUUGGUAAGGCUGUCAUGUACUUAUACAGACAUCCCAAAGAAACUAAAGAAAACCGAGAGCGCGCUGGGCGGCUUAUUAAUGAAUGGGCCCGACCAAUUUUUAACUUAUCAACCGAUUUUAAAGCUAUGUCCAAAGAAGAGAGAGAACAAAGAGAUUUGGAACAAAUGCCACGUAGGAAACAUUCAAAUAUGGAUGAUGAUAACAAACAUGAUGAUGAUGAUGACGAUGAAGAUGAAGAAAGUCAUAAAAAAUUAAAACCUGGAGAUAAAGGUUGGAUAGCAAGAGCUAGGGUGCCUGCGCCAUCAAAUAAAGAUUAUAUUGUCAGACCUAAAUCAAAUACAGAUACUGACAUUUCAAAAACUGUGAAACGCCCAAUGAAUCGUUUUGAAAAACACUUAAAAAACUUCAUGGAUAGUAAAAGAACUGGCCAAGCCAAACAUGCUGUACCAAUUUCAAUUGAAGGCAGAAAAAUGGGUUUAUAAUUGUAAUAUUUAUUGAUUUGUUUUGCAUUGCUAUUUUUGGUAUUGCUAUAUUUAUUAAUUGUAAAAUUAAUUUAUAUUUCUCUUUAAUACUUAAUUAUUCCAGUUUAAACUUUAAAAAAUGUAUUUUUUUCAUUUUAAAAUAGUUUCCAAUUUCGCAAUGAAUAUUCAUUUAUUUAAAUUAAUACAAUAGUUUUAUUUUUAAAUAAUAAUUUAAACAUACUGAAUAAUACAA